UGAAAAAUUGUAAAACUUAUUUGUUUUUGAUUUUAGAUAAUAAGAUACAGAGAUAUUGAGUCGAAAAGAGAAAAUUCUGUGGAGAAUGAAUUUCAACCUAUUGCCAGUGAAAUGGAAAAUUAUUUAGAAGAAAAUUCUUCCAUCACUUCGUUUAGAGAGGGAAAUUAUUAUAGCACCGAAAAUAUAGUUAUUCGAUUUACUGCACUUCCUCUUCAAAAAGCUGAGAAAAGAAUUUUCUUUAUUCAAAAUAAUUCUGGCAUUGUUACGAAUUUUACAAUAACUGUAAAAAAUUUUUUCUCAUCCCAUAAAGACGAAGAUAUGUUAAGUGAUGAAAAUUGGGAGAGAAUUAAGCAGAACGAAAGUGGAAUUGUUGUUCUCACGAAACCAUCUUGUGGAAAACUUGAACCAUUCGAAAUAAAGACAAUUCAUAUUUUCGCCUAUGCAGACACCUGGGGAGAAUAUAAUGAAGAAGUCUCUAUUAAUAUUAUCGGUUUAGAGCAAUUUACAUUUAAUGUUCAAAUUCAAGUUGAGGACUUACCAAUAUCGUAUCCAAUUUGUAGAAAUUUACUCUCGAAACAUCCAUUUUUAAGAUUUAUGAAAUACGACGAUUGUUUAAAAUCGAGAUCGCUCGCCAUUGAGAAUACGAGUUGUAUUCCAAUAAUUGUCAUGUGGCAUUUGUUUAAAAUUAAAAAUGAAGAAACUGAUGAUGUUAAGCCAUUGAAAUUAUUUCUUCACAUUUUCAGUUCAUUUUCAUUUUCUGAAAAUGACGAUUCAAAAAAAUUGUACUCUGAAGAGGAGAAAAAUCGUUCACGAACAAAUUUUAACUCUUUUUUAAAAACAUGCGAAUCAAACCCAAGCAUCAAGGAAUUAAAUCAUUUUAAUUCACUCUCUGCAACUAACGGUUCGGCAAGUUCUAAAGAGACCGAAUUUUCGGAAAAUUGUAGUAUUAGUGAAAAAGAGGAGACAGAGAAAAAUCAAGUUAAUAUAGAAUUAUCAGUUCUUGCAGAUUUUAGCGAAGUUGAGGAAAAACUUUUGAAUAUUCAACCUCGAGAAUUAUUUAUUCCACCUAAAGAAAAGCGAUUUUUAACUGUCAGUUUUAAUUCAAAUGCUUCUUUUAAUUAUACCAAUAGUAAAAUUUGUUUUCAAGCUCUAGGAUUUAUAAGAACUUCUCCAGAGCAUAAGUACCUGUUAAAUUUAAUCAUUUUAUUUCUAAAUUUUUGAAAAAUAGAAUUUUAAUUUAAAUUUUUAUUUAAUUAAAAUUAUUUGUUAUUUUAUUUAAAUUUAUAAAAGACAAGAUGAAUGCUUUUUGAGAAAAGAUGGCUGCUCAAUUUCUUCAACUAAAAUUGACAUAGAAAUUAUUAAUGUAAGGCCAUUUCUUACAUUUGCCUCACCGAAAUCACAGACAAUCUUUAAAUUCUUUGCCAACGAAUUUGGAAAUCAAUCGAAUCAUAAAAAGACGUAAUGAUUAACAAAAGAAAAAAAGAUUUAUUUUAUAAAUAUUAUUGUUUUUCUAUUAUUUUUAAUUUCCUUCAUUAUUUGAAUGAGUGAUAAAAUUAGCGAAGCAAUUUUUUGCAGUUUUCAGAAGCAAAUUGUUUUAAAAAAUGAAAAUCAGGAAACAUUAAAUAUAAUUUUGAAAACCAAUUAUCCAUUUCAAAUAAAAAAUGUAACGAAUUUCGUUAAUAAAUUGUCGACAAAUUUAUGUAUUCAACCUGGAGAGAGUAUUGAAAUUCUAAUUGCCUGUACACUAAAUGCAAGAAUAAUUCAAGAAAUAAUGAAGGAGAAUGAAAAAUAUAAUGAAUUGUUAAAAAGAAUAACUAGAAGCUUAUUAAUCUGUUAUUCUGACGGAUGCG